GAGCUUACUUCAAUAUCCUAAGCUCUGAGAUACCAUGUAAAUUCUAUCUCCUUCCCCAUAAGACCAGCGAACUUCUGAGGCCUGCUUUCCUUAAGAGGAAGAAGACCCCACGAAAGAACUCAACUUUUCCUCAAUCGGAUCCGAGGUAGGAAAGGGAAGAACAAAAUCCGUGAUCGUCUUCUUCCUUUCUGCCUGGCUAAGCUGUACCAAAAUGUUGGAAGGGAAGGCUUUGGUCCAAGAUACGGACAUGCCAGCGAAGAUGCAGGUUCACGCCAUGACCUCUGCAUCUCGUGCUCUUGAUCUAUAUGACGUCUUGGACUGUAAAAACAUCGCUGCCCACAUAAAAAGGGAAUUCGAUGCAAUCUAUGGGUGUGGAUGGCAGUGUGUUGUGGGAUACAACUUCGGUUGCUUCUUCACUCAUUCGGAGGGCACUUUUAUUUACUUCUGCGUGGAGACGCUGAACUUCUUGGUUUUCAAAGGAGCUCCUAAGUGACUUAUUGCAAAAGUUAAAAUCCAUGUCCCGGAAGGAGCAAAAUGGUGUCCCCUGUGUUGGGGUAUCUUGUGAACUUUGUACAAUCUGAUCUCUCUGUAAAUUUUGCCCCCUCUCUCUCUCUCCCCCCCUCCGGUCUGUAGUCUGUACCCUGUGUGCACUUUUGUAAUAAGAGUUGAUGUGUGCACUUUGCUGCGAGAUGAUUGGCACAUUGUGCUGUUUCUACCAUAUCCUGACUUAGGGGGAGCUAUGAUCAGUCAUUUGGGUGUUGUUCCUCAAGGUUUCUGUUCAGAAAGAAUUUGGUUUCCAAGCCAUGGAUGAGAGAUUAAGCAGAAAUACAUGCACAGAUUCUUCACUGACUACCUUCCUCGUUCGUGGCCAAACAGACUGUGAUGCCAAUUGUCAAGACCAAACCUUCCCCAUGCUGUGUAUUCUUUUCGAUCUGUGUUACUAACCAUGUAUCAUCAUAUCUGCAACUCAGGCCAUAUACCUUUUUCUCAAGCAUUGCCCAAUUAUCGCCCGACAGGCAGCCGGAAUUUAGUGAAUCAGGGAUUGAUUUAGCAGGUUUCAUGCAAAGUUCCGGCGGACUGGAUUCAAAUACAGCCGCAGGUAGGUAUUCGGAGAAAGGCCCUGUGACAAAACGUCAGUUCAUGUAACGAUCAACUGCAGAGACGAAUUACAUUAUUGAGGCCGAGUGGACGACCAUGUGUAGAUCAAAAGGGUGUAGGACCAACUCACCCUCUGAGGCAAGGCAACUUUUUUUAAUAAAGAAUUGUCGGUUUGGUU